CAAGAACUCCGUAGCCAUUUUGGCUCAAGCCGUUUUGGUCGGAGCAUCUCCCAGGCGAUCUCUUUGAAGCAGAGCCCCAUACCGCUCUCUGCGUGUACUUGCCGCAAUGGCCCGCUCCGCGUCCCUGCUGAUCGCUUGCGCUGUCGCCGCCUUCGCCGCUCUGUCGGUGGGCUCCCUCGUGCUGUCCUUCGUCGGCGCCUCCUCCCCGGCCUCAGCGGGCCUCCGGACGGUCCAGCGCGCGCCCGCCGUGGAGAUGCAUUUUUUCGGCGGCCCGCCGGUGACGACCACGCCCCCGCCGCCCGUGGGCCUGGGGGGCGUGGGCGGGAACAACUACGUGAUCUCGAUCACCAUCCUCUUCUUCGGUUCGGUGCUCGCGAACGCCAACGGCUUCUUCGGACCGUGGUGAUAUCCCGAGCGCUCUCCGGGCCAGUAGGUGGGCCUGCUGAGGUGGCUUCUCGGCAGCGCUACGUUUUGCUGUGUUGCGUGCCAUUUGCAGGCGCCGCUUCUGCAGCCAGGGAACAUUAAGAUUUUCUUCGGUGCGUUAGUUGUUGAAAACAAAGGCGUCCAUAAUACGGGCCGUCUUCACCGACAUCGGCGCGCAAAUUGCCCACGUAUGCUCGCGCGUCAGCGCCGUCGUUCCCAAUGUAGCGUGCCGCGCUAGCGGCACGCACAAGAGGCCCC